AAUAAUUUCAUAAUAGCCUUGUGCAAUCCUUUUAUUUCUGAUGCGUUGAUAACGUGCUAUUUGACACGAACGCACGAGUUCUGACUAUUUGAUACACUUUGUUUAUGAAACGGAAAGACAGCACUUUUGUAAGAUGUUUUUACUGAUCGUAGUGUUGUGCGUGUCUGUGGUAAGCGGAUACCUACAUCUCCAAAAAGAAAUUCCCAAUGGUAACAAUGUACCACACCCAUGUAAGUCAAACACUAUCUGGGAAGGCGUUGGUCAUCUGAGCCUCCAUGGAGGAGGUAAAGUCAAUCCAUUUGGUGCGGACUUCAAGAAUGCUGGUAUGAAGUGGACCAGGGCUCUGUGUGAGAUGGAUUCUGACGGGGACGGAAAGACAAACGGCGAGGAGCUGGGAGAUCCGGCGUGUGUUUGGGUCAAAGGAAACAGUCCAGCUGCUACAAAUGGCAUCAGUCAUCCGGGUACUUGCACCCCGUUCUCAUCUCCCGCCUGCAAAGCAGCCAAUUCCUGGGUCGACUGCGAGAAGAAAAACACUCAGUGUGAUGCACGUAACGACGUGGGUAUGAAAAGCGUCACUAUCAGGAUGCCGGAGACAGUAGUUCCGACUGUAGCGACAGUUUAUUACUGUAUGUUAGUUGAGCUACCGACAGACGGAGACUACCACUUAGUGUCCUUUGAACCUGCAAUUGACAAUGUAUAUGUCAAUCAUCACAUUCUUAUAUUUGGUUGUGACGACCCAGAGGAUGCUGUAAGGGCUUUUCCAUUAAACAAACCUACUGAAUGCAAAAUGGCCCCUGAAAUGCAGUGUAUGACACUAAUGGGAGUUUGGAGAUACGGCUCAACCGGGCAGUGCCUGAAUAAGAAUUCUGGUUUUAGGAUAGGACGAAAGGGCUACAGAUAUGCCCGUAUACAGUAUCACUGGAACAACCCGGAAAUGCGAACCGACUACACUGAUAAAUCUGGACUGAAACUGUACUACACUCCGAAUCUAAGAACGUACGAUGCCACAACUUGGACGGUCGGAACAAUAUACACAGAAAUCCCCCCUGGUGAAGAGGAGUUUGAGGUGAAAGCUGUGUGUAGUAGUGACUGUUCCUCGAGAUACUUAUCAGGACCAAUCUAUAUCACCAGGGCACAGAACCACAUGCAUUCCCUUGGACGGAGACAAAAAAUCCAGCAAUACAGAAAUGGGGUGUGGAUCAGGGACAUAACCAAUGCUCCUUAUAACUAUAACGAUUAUAGUGAGUUUGAAUUUGAUCCUCCUAUCGAAAUCCUGCCUGGGGAUGAAAUCAAGACAACAUGUACCUUUCGAACGGUUGACCAGAACAGAACAAUAUUCAUUGGAGACGGAACUUCAGAUGAAAUGUGUUUCGGAUUUAUAAUCGUUUAUCCAGCACAACAUCUACACGGCGGUACGUGCCUGUCAUGGAAGGACAUUGAUAUGUGCAAACUAAAUGAGUUCACAUCUGAUUUCCCAACGGUUAAAGGUUGCAACGUAAAAGCCAUGAUGAACCCGUUCCAUCCAGACCUCGUUAGUCUCUUUUCCAACCUGAGAACAUAUUGCAAACCCUUCGGUAUCUGUACUCACGAAUGCAAGCACUAUGUUAAGAACGUGGUGGCGAAAAACCCAUGUUUUAAAGGGACUGCAAACGACUUGAUUCGUCACAUGUCUAUAUCAAAGGUUCCAGUAUUCAUGACGUAUUUGGCAGCAAUCGAUUCUUGUAGAACGGAGAUCGAAAUGGACAAUUGUCAGGAACAAUGUGAUUCUGGUUAAACCAAAUACUCCUAAUUUAAACAGUGAUGUAUUUUAUCGUGAUAUAAGUAUUAUUUGACCGAAUGUUAGCCUUUUUCAAAUUGAAUUCUUAAUAUAUUAUUAUCAUCUGCGUUAAGUGAAACAUGGAUGUGUUAAUUAAAAGUUCGAUAAGAAUGCAUACUGGACAAG